AUGAGUUUAGCAGAUUUCGAUGCUAUUGUUAUUAGAAGAAAGACUAAUACAAAGAAAAAAAGGAGUAGAGCAGGAAUGAACGACCUUGAAAAGGAAAUGAAAGAUAUGGGUAAUUUAUCUCAAUCACUUCAACAAGUAGAAAAAACUGGUAAUAAUAUUACUCUUCACCUUAAAAUUCAUUUAGCCAAUAAAGAUACAGUUAAUUUAAAUAUCCAAGAUGUCGCUAAAGUUAGUGAUGUUAUUGAACAACUUAAAAGCAAGUUAGGUAUUACACUAAAUUUAUUUUAUCUUUGUGAAUUAAAAGAAAACACUCAAAUACCAACCAAAUUCUUUAACAAUACAAAAACACUAUUCCAAGAAAAAAUUAAUGAUUCAAGUAAUUUAGGAUUUAGAAUGCAAUGGAUUUGUCCAUUUAAUGCUAGUCAAAAAACUGCAGGAGAAAAGAAUAUUGAUUAUAUUUAUCAAUGCCUCAAAACUACUAUGUUUGAAGAGCCUUUCCCUAUCGAAAGAAAGAUUGCUAAUGCUCUUGCUGCUGUUGCUAUUCAAAUGACAUUUGGUAAUUAUAAAGAACAAGAAGCUACAUUAAUUGAUAUUGGACUUUUCUGCAAUCCUAUGGUCAUAGAAAAUUAUGGAAAAGAAAAUAUGUUACGUUCUUCUAUGGGAAUUCAUGAAAAAUUAAAAAAUCAAACUAACCUUAAUACUCUCAAAUUGUCAUUCAUUCAAAUGGCACAAAGAUCACAUUCUUUUGGUGCAACUAUGUUUGAUUCAGUUUUAUCAGGAAAAAAAGUUCAUAUAGGUAUUGUUUAUGAUGGAAUUAUAGUUUAUCUUUCUGAUUUAAUUGAAGACAUUACAUUUUAUCCAAUGCAUGAUAUUAAAUCUAUUUAUUCUACUGGGGACUCUGCUGUUGUUUAUUUCAAGAAUAAUAAAAAUCUUCAAAUCAAAACUGGAAGAGUUGAAAAAUUAGUUUCAUUAUUAUCUGGUUAUUUCUAUCUUUGUGGUGAAACUUCUCCUGAUGUAGAAAAACCUGUUUCACUUCACUUUGCUGAAGAUGAUAAAUUAUUUGAUUUCUCUAAAAAGAGAGAAGAAAUUGUCUUUCUUACUAACCGUUUAUCUUACUUCCACGAAAAUAUUCAAGUUGCUGCUGCUGAUGCUUAUCUCGAACAAAUUGCUCCAAAACGUAUUCUUGCUUCUAUCCUUACUGCAAUUAAACAAAAUCACAACUUAACCACAAUAAAUUUUGCUUCAACAAAUGUUUCUAUUUCUCAACUAACUGUUUUUGCAGAAAGUAUUGAUCGUACAUUUAAAUCUCGUGGUGGAAAAGAUGUUCAAGAAACUUUCAAUGCUCAAGAACUUUCUUUGGCAGACAAUAUGGAACUUGGUAAAACAAAUGAAUUUGCUAAAGCCCUUUGUUUAAUUCUUAAAUCACCAAUUGCAUUAAAAAGAAUUGAUUUAAGUAAUAUUGGAUUAACUGAUGAAAUUGCAAAAAAUAUUGUUGAUGGAUUUAGAGCUUGUAACUCUCUUGAAUAUUUAAAUCUAUCAAAUAACUCUGAAUUAAGUGGAAGUGCGUUACAAACUGUCCUAAGAUCAAUUAAUAGAAAUGCUUUGUUUAGGUUAGAUAUCAGAGGACUAGCUCUUACUAGACAAGAUGCUGGUCAAGUUAUUAGACUUAUCUCAGAUUUCCCUAAUCUUCAACAGUUGAUUAUUAAAAAUAAUAACAUCGGUGCAGGUGGCGCUGAAUUAGGUAAUUUGGUUCAACGAUUAAAGAAACUUCAAAUACUUGAUGUAAGACAUUGUGGAUUACCAAAAGACAUUGUUCACUCAAUUCUUAAAGGAUUAGCUGACAGCAGAGUUUUGAAAGAAUUAAGGUUAAGUGGUAAUGAUGGAAUGGGUGAUGUUAUUUCUUAUAUUAGUGAUAUUACUGAAGAAGGAAAAAUUGUUAAAUUCCCACCAAUUAGUAGAUUAGAUGUUGCAGGAGUUGAUUUAAGUACUAGUGAUGUAAAGAGAUUAAUGAAAAUCAUUCAACGACCAGUUUGUCAUUUAAAUGCUAUUGAUGUGAGUGGCGCUAAAUUAAAAGGAGAUAUGAGCAAAAUCUUUGAAAUUCUUUUGGCUUAUGAAAAGACUAACUUAUGUAUUACACAAUUCAGUGCAAAUGAUUGUCAAAUCUCUGAUUCAUGUGCAUCGUAUAUGGUUAAUUAUCUCUCUUGUACAACUAAAUUAACAAAAUUUAAAGUUGGUUAUAAUUCUUCACUCUUUAGAAAGGGUAACUAUGCUUGUAUUGCUGAAAUGAUUCGUGGUAAUAAAACAUUAAAAAAUUUACAUAUUUCUGGAAUGAAUUUCCCUGCCGAACAAAUUGGUUCAAUCUUUGAUGCCAUCAUCAACCAUCCUUCUUUAAUCAAAUUGUCACUUGAUGGUAAUCCUCUUGGAUCAUAUAUGAAUAAAGUUUCUGAUUUGUUGAUGAUGUGCCAACACUUAAGUGUGUUACGUUUAAGGAAACUUGAAGCCAUCACCAAAGAUGAACUCAUUAAUUGGCUUAACAAUGAACUCCCACAAACAAUGUCAGUUGAUAAGAUUUGUUUAGAACAAAAUGGACUAAAAACUAGUGAUAUUAAGAAGGCAAUGGAUGACCAUCCAACUAUUCAUUUCGUUCUUUAA